AUGUCUAGAAUUACAGUGCUGAUAUCGGGAUCAGGUUCUAAUUUGCAAGCAUUGAUAGAUGCACAAAGGGAUGGGAAACUAGGUUCUGGCGAAAUUGUCUCGGUUAUUUCUUCCAGCAAGAAUGCAUAUGGUCUGGAAAGAGCCCAACAAGUAAACAUCCCAACAAAGAUACAUUCAUUAUAUAAAUAUACAAAAAGUAUAGAUAAACAGGAUAAAAAUGCUCGAGCACAUGCAAGAGUUCAGUUUGAAAAGGAUCUAGCCAAAGUGGUUCUGGAGGAUAAACCUGAUCUAGUGGUUUGUGCUGGGUGGUUAUUAAUUUUGGGACCCACAUUCUUAGCAAAUGUUGGAAAGACAAGGAUCAUUAAUUUGCAUCCUGCUUUACCUGGUGCAUUUGAUGGGACAACUCAUGCCAUUGAGAUGGCUUGGAAAAAAUGUCAAGAGACUGAAAAACCUUUAAUAGCUGGAUGUAUGGUACAUUAUGUCAUUGAAGAAGUAGAUAAAGGUGAACCUUUAGUGGUGAAAGAACUAGAAAUUAUACCUGGGAAAGAAACUUUGGAUGAAUAUGAAGCUAGAGUACACGCUACUGAACAUAUCGCUAUAGUAGAAGCCACAAAGAAGGCGUUAGAUUCAAAAACAAAUUAA